AUAUAUAUAUAUAUAUAUAUAUAUAUAGAGGUGCUCUCUCUCUACUCUUACGAAGCACUGUUAUCUUUUUCUUCUUCCUUUCUUCUCUCACCAAUUCAAUUCGGGGCUCCGAGCCCCGAGCCCCGAACCCCAGGGAAGCCUUUGGUAAUGUAUUCAGCCAUUCACUCGCUGCCGCUCGAUGUCGGGCACGGCGAGUUCCAGGGAUCUCUGGACGGGACGAACCUACCCGGCGACGCUUGCUUGGUCCUCACUUCGGAUCCGAAACCCCGGCUCCGGUGGACUGCGGAGCUCCACGAGAGGUUUAUCGACGCUGUGACCCAGCUCGGUGGCCCUGAGAAAGCAACACCUAAGACUAUUAUGAGAACAAUGGGGGUAAAAGGGCUCACCCUUUAUCACUUAAAAUCGCAUCUCCAGAAAUACCGCUUGGGGAAGCAAUCUUGCAAGGAAUCUAUUGAAAGCUCUAAGGAUGCUUCGUGCAUUGCGGAAAGUCAGGACACUAGUGCAUCUUCAUCGCCAUCUUCAAGAAUAAUGGUGCAAGAUUUGAAUGACAGUUAUCAAGUUACUGAGGCAUUGCGAGUACAAAUGGAAGUCCAACGAAGACUGCAUGAGCAGCUGGAGGUGCAGCGUCAUCUGCAACUUCGGAUUGAAGCGCAAGGCAAAUACCUGCAGUCAAUACUGGAGAAGGCUUGCAAAGCUCUCAACGACCAGGUUGCUGAAUCUGCUGCUGGGCUUGAAGCUGCCAGGGAAGAGCUCUCAGAACUGGCAAUCAAGGUUUCAAAUGACUGUCAAGGACUGGAUCCUCUCGAAACCAUGAAAAUGCCCUCCUUGUCGGAAAUUGCUGCAGCUUUAGACAACAAUAACACUUCUAAUCUGCCUGCUCGAAUUGGCGACUGCUCUGUUGAAAGCUGCUUGACAUCAACUGGAAGCCCAGUUUCUCCAAUGGGAAUGGGUUUGAAGAAGAGACCAAGGCCCUUAUUUGGCAAUGGAGACUCAUUGCCCUUGGAGGGUAACAUGCGGCAAGAUAUAGAAUGGAUGAUGACUAAUAUGGGAUGAAUGGUAGGAUAUUUCCUUGAUCAGAAUGUGAAACCUUAAUUCUUUUCUUUCAUGUUUGGUUGAUCUACAUGUUCUAACCUCUGUCAACUGUUUCAUCAGUGGUCUGUAUAUUCUUGAAUCAGAUAUUUUAAAUGUGGCAAAUGCCUUUAUUUUAUAGUCGAAAAAUUACAUUACUUCUCCAUC